AUGACAUGGUUAGGAAUCAGCAGGAAAGAGUAUAAGCAGGCUGUAGAACAAGGGCUUGACAUUCCUUUCAAGUGUAGCAAGCACGGCAACCCUAUCGUCAUCAAUACAGAUGGAUACUCGUACUCAGUCUUUAAGACGUUGAAGAAUGGCGGUACAAUCUGGCGAUGUAGUGUCAGGAACAAGAAUGUGAAGUGUCAGGCGAAGCUCACAAGUAAUGGCGACAAGUUUGCUCGAAACAGCACCAACCAUUGUCAUCCCGCUGAUCCAAGUCUGCUGUACAAGAAGGAAAAAUCUGUGAAAAUCAAGGAAGACUCUUCAAACCAUCUGUACCACUCCGCUAUGGACUUGGCGAGAACUGCUCUUUCUGACAGGGGUACCCGCCCAAACCUGCCAACAGCAGAGUCCCUCCAGAGGAAGGCCAACCGUCACAGAAAGAGCCAAAGACCGUCAGAGCCAACUGACCUGGAGUUUGCAGUGAAUCAAGACUAUCUGAACUGCGGGGACUACAUCAUAGCCGACCUGCGUGUUGACAGGGAACGGCACAUCCUCUUUUCCACACCAAGGCAACUGGAAAUACUACGGUCAACCAAGCGCUGGUUUAUGGACGGGACCUUUAAAAUUGUAGACAGACCAUUUCGCGGAGGGCAGCUGAUGUCAAUCCAUGGGUUCAUCCAAUUUGAUGGAAAGAUGAAACAGAUUCCACUCCUGUUUGCUCUCAUGUCUCGGCGAAAGAAAGAAGAUUAUGUGGCGGUACUGGGUGAGAUCAAAUCAAUUCUGGGGGCCUAUUCAGUGGAAGGCUUUGUGGUCGACUUCGAGGCAGGAUCCUGGGGAGCGAUAAGACAUGUCUUUCCAGGCGUUGAAAUUAAAGGAUGCGUAUUCCACUGGGCACAGUCUGUGUGGCGCCAUGUACAAGCAGUGGGGCUUGGUCAAGCCUAUAUGGAGUGCAAGGACCUGUGGGAUUAUGUCCGCAAGUUACUUGUGCUUCCUUUUGUGCCGUCUAGUCAGAUCGAACCUCUUUUCAGGAACCUCGCGCAGCGUGCAAACACAGAACCUCUCAGGAAACUUGUCAAUUACAUUGACUCAACCUGGAUUCAGUCUUUGACCUUCCCAAUACAGAGUUGGUGUAUAUACGGGUUACAUGUCAGAACCAACAACGAUGUGGAAGGCUUUCACACACGUUUGAAUGGCGUUUCUGGUGGUAGAUCACUGACAUUCUACAAACUUGUACCUGCACUCAGAAAACAAGCACUGGAGGCUGAGUUGGACAUUGACCAGCUGGUUGAUAAUAGUGUUGGCAGACGGCAAAGAAACCAGUAUAGGGAAUGUGACAGGAAGAUUUUUGAUGCCUGGAGAAAGUAUGAGGCCAAAGAGAUCAGUACAUCGGGACUCUUGAGAUUAGUGAGUAGGUUGUACGGUGCGGCUGAAUAUAAAGUAUAGAAAUUGUCUAGAAUCGUGAAAUCUCACUAGUAGGAAGUGUAUAUACUGUUUAAAGUGAAAUGGGAUUUCUUGGCAAUAUUAUUUUAGUUUUGUUAUUUCUGUCUGUAUAUUCCUGAAAAAAAGUAUUAAUGAUUUAGAUGCAUAUUAUUACAUUUUGGUGAAAUAAAAAGAAAUGUAUAAAUUUAAGAUUGUGUUUUGUUUAUUCUUAAUAUUUUUUUUAUUUAUCAUUUUUUGAAAUUUAUUUUCAAAGUUUUUUCUGUCUGAUUAUUCUUGAAAAAAUUAUUUAUGAUUUAGAUGCAUAUUAUAA